AUGGCGGAGCCAAGCACUCAGGUUUCAACAAGUCCAACAUCUUUUAAACGUGGAUACGUUAAGCAGGUACUAAGCGGAGAUGCUGUAGUCCUACAGGGUCCGCCAGCGAAUGGUCCUCCAAAAGAAAUGACUGUUUACUUGAGUCACGUAAUUGCACCAAGGCUGGGAAAGAGACCUACGGAAACUGAACCUGGGAAGGAGGAUGAGCCAUUUGCGUGGGAAGCUCGUGAGUGGCUUCGCAAGAAAGUUGUAGGUAAGACAGUGACUUUUGGUCUUGAUUUCACUGCUACUUCAGGGCGCGAGCAUGGGCGAGUUUAUCUCGGAGGAACAAACCCUGACAACGCAGAAAAUGUUACCGAAACGGGAGUGAAGGAAGGCUGGUUGGAAGUAAGACCAGGGCGCGUUCCAGAAGAGUAUACAACGAAACUUUUGGCUAUGCAAGAAGAAGCGAAAACAGCGAAACGAGGACGAUGGUCGGCUGAAGACGGAAAACAACAAGAACAUGUCAGGAAAGUAAAGUGGGUGAUUGAAAAUCCACGGAUUUUGGUAGAUCAUUAUAAGCAAAAGCCUGUUAAAGCAGUUAUUGAACAAGUGCGCGAUGCUUCGACACUUCGCGCUUUUCUACUGCCUGAAUUUCAUUACGUUACUCUCAUGCUCUCAGGAGUUAAGGCACCAGCGAUUCGGGCAGGUGGUGAUGGUCAUUCAGAAGACUAUGCUGAAGAAGCUAGAUAUUUCGUUGAGUGCAGACUUCUUCAGCGUGAUGUUGAAAUAAUAUUGGAAGGUGUUUCAAAUCAGAACUUUGUUGGAUCUGUGUUGCAUCCUAAGGGAAAUAUUGCUGAACUUCUUCUUCGUGAAGGAUUUGCUAAAUGUGUGGAUUGGUCUAUCGCUUUAGCCACGUGUGGACCAGAAAUCCUUCGAACAGCUGAAAGAGUUGCAAAAGAAAAACGGAUGCGUUUGUGGCGUUCAUACCAACCAUCCAACCAGCUUAGCGCGGAUAAAAAGAAUUUUACUGCUAAGGUUAUUGAAAUUGUAAUGGGCGACGCUCUAGUGAUCCAAAAGGAAAGUGGUGAAGAAAUGAAGAUCUGGUUAUCGUCAGUCAGGCCUCCCAGGGAAGACAACAAAGAAAAUGAAAAUAGGGUUGGGCGUCAGUUCAGGCCUUUGUACGACAUACCACACAUGUUUGAUGCCCGAGAAUUUCUCCGGAAAAGGUUAAUUGGGAAGAAAGUACAGAUUACAGUUGAUUACAUUCAACCAAAGUCGGAGCAGUUUCCUGAAAAAACAUGCUGUACGGUGGUUGCAGGUGGUCUGAACGUAGCUGAAGCUCUGGUCGCAAGGGGAUUGGCUAAAGUAGUGCGGUAUCGCAGCGAUGAUGAUAAUAGGUCUUCUCAGUAUGAUGCACUGUUAGCAGCAGAAGCUAAGGCUGAGAAGAGUAAGAAAGGUCUUUUUGCGGAUAAGGAAGAAAGCAAUAAAGCUACAAAGAAGGUUCAGGAGCUUCAAGGAGAUGCACAGAGAUCGAAGCAGUUCCUGCCAUUCUUACAACGGGCUGGUCGUUCAGAAGGCGUUGUAGAGUUCGUAGCUUCUGGAAGUAGGAUGAGAAUAUAUAUUCCGAGAGAUACAUGUCUUGUCACAUUUCUUUUGUCUGGAAUCAAUUGUCCGAGGAGUGCACGUAUAGGACCAAACGGCAAGUUAAUUGGUGAGUCCGAGCCUUUUGCAGAGGAGGCACUGAAAUUUACGCGAUCGAAAGUUCUACAGCGUGAAGUUGAGGUUGAAGUUGAGGGCACAGAUAAAUCGGGGAGUUUUAUUGGGUAUAUGUUCAUUCAAACCGAGAAAGGAGCAUUAAAUCUAAGCGUGGAAUUAGUUGAAAAUGGGCUUGCAUCAGUGCACUUUACUGCAGAAAAGGGGAAUUACUACAGUCAGUUGUGUGCGGCGGAAAAGCGUGCGAAACAGGGUAAAUUAGGCAUGUGGGCAGAUUAUGUUGAGGAAGAUGUUACAGCUCAGGCAGAAGCCGCAGCCGCUGCUGAUAAAACUGAAAGGGUGGUUAAUUACAUUGAAGUAGUUGUUACAGAUGUUCAAAAGAAUCUAAUAUUUGCUGCUCAAAAUGUUGCAGAUGGCUCUAAGUUGGAGCUUAUGAUGAAAGAAUUAAGAGAAGAACUUGCAAGGAAUCCUCCGGUAAUUGGUGCUUAUACACCUCGACGAGGAGAACUUUGUGCUGCUCGAUUUUCCGCAGAUAAGCAGUGGUACCGUGCGCGCAUUGAAGGUGUACGUGGGAAAAGUGUGGAAAUUCUUUAUGUCGAUUUUGGCAAUCGUGAAACUGUUGAGCCUUCUUCCCUCUGCACUCUCCCUGCAGGAUUUGCCGCUCAUCCAGCAGGCGCUCGAGAAUAUAAACUGGCACUUGUGACGCUUCCAAAAGAUGAAGACUACGCCGAAAGGUCUAAUGCUGCAUUUGAAAGGUUGAUGUAUAGUGCUCAACAUUUUCUUCUCAAUAUCGAAGAUCGCAGUGGAGGUGUAACGAGUGUUCAAGCCAUGAUAAAGAAUUCAGAUGGAACUAUGACUGAUGCCGCUAAAACUUUGGCAGCUGAGGGCUAUGUAAUUGUUGAGAAGCGAAGGGAGAAACGGUUUGCAUCAUUGAUUGCUGAAUAUCUGGAAGCAGAACAGAAAGCUCGUAGGCAGCACAUCAAUAUUUGGGAAUAUGGUGACUGCACUGGUGAAGAGCUGUAA